UUUGGACACAAACACGCGCGCUACUCAUGCUGGGAAAACAAAAAAACUCCAAUUAGAUGUUAGUGCGCGGCUAUUGUGCGCGUGUGUAAUGACGACGAGCACGAGAUUUGUGCUUUAAGAGAAACAUUUUAGCGAAGGAAUCACGCCAAUGAGCCGCGCGAGUGUUAAUUUUUUCUCCCCCCCCCGCACCGAGGGAAACAAUUCGCCGCUGCGUACGGAAAAAAAGUUCCGCCCUCCCUUCGCCGUUCGCCGCAUCGGCCGCAUCAUUGUUCUUUGCGUUGCUUAAUUAUACAUUAAUUCGUCGUUGUAAUCGACGAUAUUUGUGCAGGUUUGGUCGCUAUUUAUCAGAUAUGUCGUAUAACCCCGUUGGGUAUUAUGCGAAUGUGUCGGAGAUGCAACAAAGGCUGCACAGCAGUGAGAAAAAAAGAUUGGAGCUGGAAAGAAAGUUAUUUGCAUACAGCAAAUCAGACCAUAGAAUUUCCAGGCUGAAGGUGACCAAGCUCCAGGACUACCUGCGGGAGGUGUGCGGACGCGAGCAGACAGCUCGUCAUCGCAACCAGAAGCUGCUACAGGAUUGCGAGCGAAUCGACGCACACGCGACCGCGCUCGCAGCCCGCACGGACACACUACGCCGUAUGAAGCUGGAGUAUGACAAGCAGGUCGAACAGCUCUAUCCAUCUUGGAAAGAGCAGCUGGGGAAAAAAAGACAAGAAGUCCUCCAGUGUGCAGGAGCAAAACAAGACAAUGACAAUGAUUCCACUCCGUCGUUUUCCCGACUGCGCCAUCCAGUUGAAGGGUUCAUGGAUCAUUAUGGAUUAGGCAAAAGAGCAGAUAUUAUUGGGCUCGGUGUGCCCACAUAUCAAAGACACACACUGCCUGGGGUGUCUCUGGGCCUUGGUCAUCAUUUAUCAGCUGCUGCCUCAACCCCAAAUAUUGGUGGGCAGCUCCAUUUCCAAGAUGAUGGCCCCUUUCUUGAUGGCGGGAUUGUACACGAUGAAGCCAGUUUUGGCCCAAACUACCAAAGGAGGUAUACAAUGCGUCCGGAAUCGCAAGAAAGCUCGUCGAGUCAACUGUCCGAUGUGAAUGGCAGUAAAUCGUUGGAAAGGUCGCAGGGAAAUAGUGGCCACGCCAUGCAGACUGACAAAAAGGCAGCUGUAGACCCAGCACUGGAGAAUGUGGAUUCUCGUUCAUCGGAGACAGACGGUGAAUCUUCUGAAGAAGGUGCAUCCAGAGUGGAAAAUGGUUCACAAGAUCGGUUUGGCAAAGAACCGUCUACCCAGGUGGAGUUUUUGACGUCUGUCAGAGAGAGUAGUGCUUUGAGAAAGGGACAUUUAAAGCAACCUUCAGAGAUGGGCAGUAGCUCUGGGGCACAGCGGCACGUGACCUAUCAGCUGGACCCAAGGCCUGACCAGACAUCAACUCCAAAUACAGCCAGGAGCACAAGCUUUGAGGCACAUGCGGACCACCCACUAUCAGCAGACAAACAGACCGCUGAUGAGAGGAACGACCAAGACGAAAAUGUGUUUGCAAGCGAAAAGUCAGAGUUGACGGUGUCGGGGCUUUUCUACCUCCUGCAAACCAUUGAGCAGACGCUGGGACACUGUGAGGAAGCAGGCAGCUCUCGGCUGUAUAUCUCAACCGCGGUCCGCCCUGCUGACAUGGCACAGGUUAUCAGGUUUUCCAAUAGUGGCGGUGGCUCUUUGCAAGAAGAGCGGCCAGAGCUGAGCAUGCUGGGAGCUGUGGUUCUGCAGCAGCUGCAGAGGUUGUCCCAAGAGACGCCUGAUGGUUGCCUGCUGCCAGAGGGACUACUCACUGCAGACCUGACUCCAGUCACUGCGGACACACUACGAGCCCACCUGCAAGUGGAUUCGGGGCUGUUGUGGGAGCGCUGGUACAAACACGCUCUUCAUCUCAUCCACCACGGGGCCCUGUCCAUCAGUGACAUCGCCACUCUCUUUGGGCCACUGCUUGUCUCUGAAACUUGUGAGCAUCUCCCCAAGGCAGUAGAACUCCUGAAAAAUCUUCUAGAAGGAGAAGAAGCAGUUUCACCUGACAGGUCUUUGAGUCAGGCAGCCUCAGAUGACUCGGGAUCUCUGUCCAAGAGCGACAGACUGAGCCAAGCCCAGCUGGUUAAAACCCUCGAGUCACAAGCAUACCAGCAGAUGCGACAAUGUAUACUGAAGCAAGAUACCCUUGAUGAUAAUGCCCCUUCACUGGAUCCAAAGGAAUCAAGUGCAGAGAAAUUGUUGAGGAAUGAUGGCACACAAGCUGAAUCUGACGAAGACGACGAUGAUGAUGAUGACAUAGAAGCCUUGUUAUCUCCAGGUCGACAGAAAAGUGUCCAAUCAAGGGAUCUGGAAGGGGCAGUGCAGCUUUCACCCGGAGCUUCAGGCAGUAGGAGCAGCCCCGUGAAAUCAUCCGACGACGGACGAUCCCAAACUCCAUCACCCAAACCUCUCGCGGUCAACGCGGAACACUCACCACCAAAUGAAGCGACUGGCACUACCGCCCCGCGGGGACCAAGGGAAUCGCAGACCACUACAGCCUCAGGAUUUAAUAAGAAAGCAUUCUGGGGCGAUUCGGACGACAGUAUCUCAGACGCUGAUGUCAUCCUGAGUCCACGUGGUCAAGAAGCAAGGGCAGAUGACUUUGAUGACUUUUACGAUUAAAGGUUUUUAGCGAGGCUUGAACAAUGAAUGUGGAUGCAUUUAGAUUUUGUUAUGCUUUUUGGUGUGUGCUUUACAUUAUCCAGUGCUACUGUAAUUGAGUUAUGCAUUUUCACAACAAUGAUUUACAUUUGUAUUGUUCUGUCUCUUCAUUUUGCAAGGCUCUGUCGCCGUCUUAUUUGUAUCACCAGUUGUAAGGUUUACCUCCUUCAGUAAAAUAGGUUAUGUUUGUCGUGCUGUAGUAAUAAUAAUGACCAAAAAUUACAGCCCUUUGACAAUCCAUUCCUGGAGAAAGGCCUCCCCCUGAUAUCGUGUCAUUGCCAGUUGUUUGAUCAUACUUGACCACAUUGGACUGCAGUGUGGGCUGGUCAAGGUGGGUGUCAGGACCAGUUAAGAUAUCACUCUUCCAGUGCACUCAGCCAUGGAUGGACAUCGAACUCGGGUCGCCAAGUUUGUAUCCCAGCGAGGGAACUACUGGGCCACAUGAUCACACCACGUUCAUUUAGUCCUCGCUAUUUUCCUGCGAAAAUGGGAAUUGUCUUAGUGGCUGUGCCGGUGAUUCCGUUAACAUUGGGAAAUAACCCGUGCCUGCAUGCGGGUGUCACGAGUGAAUGCAUUUCCCGGCAUGCACAGCCGACCCGGUGACUCGAUCGUCAAUUGAAAGCAUCAAGCUGUAGUAAUGAGUUUUUACCCUUUCAACUGGUACAAAACCUGACACCUUUAUACAAGGCAUCAUGUUUGCAAUAACCACAACACAAGCAGUCAAAAUGCAAACAAAAAGAAACAACUCUGAUGAUGAUAUGCACUGUCCUUGAAGUUGAUUGGUCCUCACCCGAGACAGCUUUUCUUAGAGCCUAGUCUCCAUUGGUGUUAGAGCAUCAAGCUGGUUCAUUUUUUUUAAAGGCUUGGGUAUCGGAUUUGGCCACUGAAUGCUGAUUGGUUGUUGCCAGGCCACGCCCAGCCAGCUGGCGUCAUCGUUGCAGAUUGUGCAACGGAGAGGCUUAGCGCUGGACAGAUGGGGCAGAGACUUAACCAUUUCAAAAGGUUUUGAUUUUAAUUGCAAUGAUUUAUGAAGUUUACCUUGCGUUAUGGAAGAAACUUAAAAGUUUAAACUGUUUAAAAUGUUGUUCCACCACUUUAAACAUAUUAAAAUAUCCAGGAUAAUAAUGUUUAAUAUUAAAGAUGUGUAAGUUUAUUUGGCCUUUUUGAUAAUGGCCUACGUUGUUUUAUAGCAAUGUAAUAUUAGUAAGAUACUUAACUCAUGACCACAAUGGAAUACAUGAAAUGUUUCCAAACAUGAAAAAAUUCAUAAUAGAGGUGUUUGGGUUAGUUUUCGUAAGUAUAAAUGUUAAACCCGCCACCACCCGACAGCCAAUUAGUAAUGUUUGUCACGUACACAAAAUAUGGCAAUUCUUUACUGGUUCAGCAGACCGGUGUGUUGGAGCGUAAACCACAACAUUUACCCUCCAACACACCAGUAACGAAUUGGCAUGUUUUGUAUACAUGACAAACCUUACUAAUUGGCUGUGACGGGUUUAUAUUUGCUCGAUCUGACUCAAAAAUCUCUUAUGGAUAAUAUUAAUGGCAAAAUCCUACGACGUUUAUUUGCAAGGCUGUAAAUUGGUCUAGAAAAGUUUUCACGCUUGAAAUCCUUGACUUAUGUUGCAAUUUACUUUAUAAUUUUAAUAAAUGCGCACCCCAAUAGUCGUGCUGUUUGGAAGGGUACUGACUGCAUAUCAAAGAUAAUUAUUUAAACAUGUAAUGCACAGCAGGUGACACAAUGAAUCUGUAAUGUUCCAAAUAGCACUGCAGCUGGUUUGAAUCUUAAGACUGUGCAUGUGUAGUGAGUUCAACUGAGUCGCAGACGUACUCUUGGAGGCAACACAUUUAUUAACACCAACACACAGGGUAACUGCCCCUUAACAGAAUAGCAACCUCUGGUGGUGACCACCAGGCUAACCACGCUAAUCACACCGUUACUAGCUACAACGGACCGGACCACAGCUUGGGUCCCGGUCCACGUGUUGGAGACUCGGAGAACGUAGACGAAGGUUUCUUCAGGAUGAACAACAGCGCCUGUCCCUCUGGGGAACCCGGCUUAUAUCCUCUGCGGCGUGGCCGGCUCUGCCCUUGGCCACGCCCACCUUCCAGAAUCCUCGAGCAGGAUCUCGACCCUGACACGUGACCACCCCUAGCCCCCACUUGGGGCCCCUGUGUAGACUUAACCGGUCACGUGUCCUCUGGGGUCAACCAGAGUGCCACGGCUUUUAGUAACCCCAUUUCCAUGGCCGGCACUCCCACACCCCAUCCUGUAGGGGCCGGCACUGCACGCCGAGCGUGGUGUCAUCCAGCGCUAUCGAUCAGCGCACGCCUUGCCACUCUAGGGCCGGCACCACACAGUGACAUCCCGCGAUGUCACUACACAUGUAAAGGACUGAAAUUUUUCAUGUCUUUGUGCCACAAACUGACCUUGCCUAACACAUUUUAUAAAAAAAAAUAUAUCCAAUGGAUUGGUUGGAAUGGUAUUGUCUUGGAAGUCAAUACUCUCUUAAUGGUGUUAGUGAAAUAGAUUUUAGAGCCAAUGUUGGAUAUUAAAAAAAGAUGACGUCUUAGUGUAAAAUCAUUUUGUAUUCUGCUGCAGCCAUAUAUUGCUUUUCAAACCUUGGAUUCCUGGUAUAUAAUGGCUUAUUUAUUUUGCCAUGAAAAUGAAAGUUUUUGUCCUUUAUACAUGAUCGGUGGGCUGGUUGUCCUGUUGGCAUUUAUAAAUCAAGACGGUGGAAAAAAAGGCCUAUCCAAGCCGACUGCAUUCUGUCAGAGGAGCAUAAUACAGAUUGUGAUGGCAGGCAUGCUGAGUGUCUUUAUAAUCAACGGCAAAAGGAAACGGUGGAGAAGCUUUUACAUGCAAGCGAUGAACCCAUUUUGAAAGAAGAAAAAAAACAUAUCCCCAGGCUCCUUCAAUCAAAAGGAGUGCAAAUUAUAGUUGACAAUAUUCAUAUAUCCUCGAAAUAAAUUCACAGAGUGAACGAGAAGUGACAUCGUAGGGGAGAAUUUGAAGCUUUGGCCCAGCGGAUAAUUGAGCACGUCUGAGGGACUCGGGCAAGUUAAUUUAGAGCCCAAGUAAAUGGGGCAGAUUCUCAUAUCGCGGAGGGAAAUGGAAUUCAUUGGCGGCGAGCUAUCGAGGCGUGUGCAAUGUGAGACUAAUUUCGCUUCCUUCACCGACUGCGUGUGCGAGCGAGCCUCAUUUCUUUCUCCAAUCUCGGGUUUGUGGCAAAAUAAAAUAAAAUAGUAAUAAUAAAAAAAAGCCUGUGAUGCGCCUGGAGUUUGCAAACAGCAAUUCCUCAAGUUUGUUGCCUGUCGGACUUUUAAUCAGAUCUCCCCGGGAGUAUUUUUUUUGUGCGUACGCUUUUACCCCUGAACAUGUUUGAACAUUCUUUGGGUCUUUCGGUAAAGUCACGUAGAUAGAAAAAUAAUAAAUAGUAUGGUGGACUGUUCAAUGAAUUUUUUUUCUUCCAGAAAAAGCUAGUUUACGUAUAUUGCCGGGCAGAGUGGUGGCGCAGUGGUUAGGCACCGGGAUGUAAACGUUGCAACCCGAGUUUGCUUACCAAGCGUGGCUAGCAUCGCUGGCAAGUGACAAAUCAGUCUGGGACGCCCCACCAGUUCGUCAUACUGAUCAGUGUGGUGAAGUAUGGUCAAGCAGCUUUCAAGACUAAAUCAGAGUGAGAAGCCCUUCACCGUGCAGUCGGUUGACAAAGGGCUGUAAUUUUAAUAAUGCACGUUAUGUCCCUAUUUUAAUUAAUAUAACUUGUCGCUGGGAAAUGCAGAACAGGUCUACUGUAUGUUUUAUAAUUUACAAUGUAUACUUUAGGACUCUUUAUAUAAAAACGUGUCUUUCCCAAAACACGUGAAGCCUACGUUUGCAUUCUUUGCAGCUAAGAUUGAAAACAUGCGUUUUUUACAGUCCAUCCAUCCGUCUAUCCGUAAAGCCGGGGGGCGGGGGGGGCAUGAUAACUAUACUCUUAGGUUUUUCGGUAAAGUCACGUAGGUAAAAAAUUUAAAUUAAAAAAAGUAAAAUAAAACAAAUCAAAAAAAUCACGACGUUUCACAGCUGUCGUGGCUGUGACGGUUCCACCUGAAGACGGAGGCUUGUGUUGCUUCCGAAACGUCGUGAAUUUUUUAAUUUGUUUUAUUUUACUUUUUUUUAUUUAAAAUUUUUACCUAUGUGACUUUACCGAAAAAACCUAAGAGUAUGAAUCCUUGCAGUCACGAAAGCUUCAAAUCUGGCAUGAUAACUGUUUGUAAAAAUGAUCCAAUACCAAUGGAAGUUUAAAGUUCUGUUGCUAUUCGAAUUGAUCACAGACUUGCCCAAGAUGUAAAGACACAAACUGGUGGUAAAUGGACCCUCCGUGGCAUCGCAAUCCUGCCUGCCAAGACACGCUUUCCCGGGCAGGACCGCUAUGCAAACGGCGUGGUAGCAUCACGGCCUAUAGACGACGCAUGGCAGAUGUUCCACCGUUAUCCAUUGCCAAUUAAAUUCCUCAACAUAAUCAUUCUGUAUGCAUGAUCGUUCCUGUUACAUUGCACACGCUGCCAGUUUGAUAUUCACUUAAAAUUGUGUUGCUACAAAACGCCAAUUUCUUUGGCACCUGGCCAGAUGUGUGGCUUGUUGAAGACUCGCACGCCUCCAUAUCGCUGUUUAGGUGAUGGUCUGAAGUUGUUGAUACUACAGACUACGUGAUCGUGGUACCUUCCUGUGCUGCAUCGACACAUUUAGGAAUGAAUGGAAACAUUGAGGAAGAAGGGUAAAGACUCGUUCCUGCGAAAUUGCUUCUCCACAAAGGCGAGGUUUUUGUGAUGCCCGUUCGCGUCAUCAAAUUGUAAUUUCUGUUGUCGCUUCAAAGUGGCACACCGAAAUGUUGCUUCUAACGUGGAGCACAAUACGAGAACACGUUUAUUACUCCAGAGUAUGUAAAACACUGAAAAUGUCGCUGUGCUGAACAAUAGAAUUACGUAUCGGAUUAUAUUCCCUUUUAGAAAUGUUCCCUUAUCAUAUAUCUGACAUGUCACUCGACGUCUUUGAGGUCACGGACCGCGACCCAUUAGUCUGCACGUGAAGAAUGCGAUAUUCAGAAACGCAAAAUGAAUGCGUUUUUGUUUCGAUUUAAAGCUUUCGUGACUGCAGGGAUUCAUCUUCUUGGUUCUUUC